AUGACGUCGGUUGGCGUGGCACCAUCUUCGGGUUUUAGAGAAGCAAGUGGUCAUGGUGAAAUUGGUGUUGAUGUAUUGCCGGAGGAAAUGAAUGAUAUGAAAAUUAGGGAUGAUAGGGAAAUGGAAGCUACUGUUGUUGACAGCGGCAAUGGAACGGAGACUGGACAUAUCAUUGUGACUACUAUUGGCGGUAGAAAUGGUCAGCCAAAGCAGACUAUAAGCUAUAUGGCAGAGCGUGUUGUAGGACAUGGAUCAUUUGGAGUUGUCUUCCAGGCUAAGUGCUUGGAAACAGGUGAAACUGUGGCUAUCAAAAAGGUUCUUCAAGACAAGAGGUACAAGAACCGGGAAUUGCAAACAAUGCGCCUUCUUGAUCACCCAAAUGUUGUCUCUUUAAAGCAUUGUUUCUUUUCAACCACUGAAAAGGAUGAACUAUACCUUAAUUUGGUACUUGAGUAUGUUCCUGAAACGGUUCAUCGUGUCAUUAAGCAUUACAACAAGUUGAACCAAAGGAUGCCAAUGAUUUAUGUGAAGCUCUAUACAUACCAGAUCUUUAGGGCAUUAUCUUAUAUUCAUCGUUGUAUCGGAGUCUGCCAUCGAGAUAUCAAACCUCAAAAUCUAUUGGUCAAUCCACACACCCACCAGGUUAAAUUAUGUGACUUUGGAAGUGCAAAAGUCUUGGUUAAAGGCGAACCAAAUAUAUCGUAUAUAUGUUCAAGAUAUUACAGGGCACCUGAGCUUAUUUUUGGAGCAACUGAAUAUACUACAGCUAUUGAUGUCUGGUCUGUUGGUUGUGUUUUGGCUGAACUGCUGCUUGGACAGCCGUUGUUUCCUGGUGAGAGUGGAGUUGAUCAGCUCGUUGAGAUCAUCAAGGUUCUGGGAACUCCGACUAGAGAAGAGAUUAAAUGCAUGAAUCCUAAUUAUACAGAAUUUAAAUUCCCUCAAAUCAAAGCACAUCCAUGGCACAAGAUCUUUCAUAAGCGCAUGCCUCCAGAAGCUGUUGAUUUGGUAUCAAGAUUAUUACAAUACUCCCCAAAUCUACGGUGCCAAGCUUUAGAUGCCUUAACCCAUCCUUUCUUUGAUGAGCUUCGUGAACCUAACGCUCGCUUGCCAACUGGCCGUUUCCUUCCACCACUAUUUAACUUCAAACCUCACGAACUGAAAGGAGUCCCACUUGAGACCUUGGUGAAAUUGGUUCCGGAGCAUGCGAGGAAGCAAUGCCCGUUUCUUGGACUGUAA